AUGUUUCCACGAUUUGGUAAACAGAUAGGCGCACCAUUUCUUCAGUGGCCUCUAGUCACCACAGUCAGCCAUAGACAUGCGGCUGUUGCUGGAUCACUAGACAGAGCAUCUGAUUCUUCACAGGAGGAAUACGAAAAUGCUCUUCCAUUUUCUUCCUUGCCUGGGCCACGUGGUGUUCCCUGGUUCGGAAAUUGGUUCGCUUAUAAAAGAGAUAUGUCCAAAGUCUAUAGAAGAGACCUAGUGUUGAAGGAGUUCUACACAAAGUAUGGCUACAUUGUGAAGGAGACUGUUGCAGGAAGAGAUAUAGUCCAUUUGUUCCAUCCAGACUUUUUAAAACAGAUUUAUGAAACUGAAGGCAAAUUCCCAUUGGUGCCGCCCUUGCUGGAAGCAGUCAAAACAUAUAGACAGAGGAAAGAUCUAGCACCUGGCCUGGGUAACAGCAAUGGGGAAGAGUGGUAUCGACUACGUAAAGUAGUCCAACACAUCAUGUUGAGACCCUACAAGGCCCUUGACUAUCUGCGUCUUCAGAACAAAGUGGCUACAGACUUUGUGGACAAAUUUGAGAGCUUGAUGUCAGAGAAUCGAGAGAUACCAGACUUUAACAGAUGGAUGGCACGCUGGGGUAUAGAGUCUGCUGCACACAACUGCUUUGAAAUGAGGAUGGGUUAUCUGGAGGACAAAGGAGCUGAUGUUGCUAACAGAAUCAUUGAUGCCAACAGCUCUGUUUUUGACAUCUCUGUCAAGCUGUUCUUUUCACUUCCCAUCUACAAGUAUCUUCCCACUCCCAGCAUUAGGAAGCUGUUUGAUUGUGAGGACUUCAUUAAUGGACUGGCAGAGGAAUUGAUGGGGAUGGCUACGAGGCGGUACAGACAGGCUGUGGAAGAGAAUAGCCUGGCUGAGGAUCAGUUCAUGUUCUUGUCGUACCUGUUGGGAAGUAAAGAUGUCUCCCAGCGAGACAUCAUGCCUGUCAUUUUGUCAGUGCUAACGGACACCUUAAGCACGACGUCACAGAUCGCCUUGUUCAACCUCUACACACUGGCCUCCAAUCCAGAAGCCCAAGAGAAGGCCCAUAAAGAAGCCCUGCAGUUGCUGUCCCCAUCCGGAGACCUUUCUGCCGAAGGCUUCAACAGUUGUACAUACAUCAAAGCUUGCUUGGACGUGCCGAGACUGAGCCCCAGUAACAUGGUCAUUGGGGGCUAUCAGAUUCCUGAAGGGACAUUCCUGUGCUUGAACAACUACUGUUACUCGUUGGACCCUCAAGUCAUACCUGACCUUGAAGUCUACUCUCCAGAGAGGUGGCUGCGAGAAGAUGCUGUUAAAGAGAAGGUUCAUCCUUAUAUGUUGACACCGUUUAGUCUCGGGCGGAGAAUGUGUGCAGGGCGCCGAUUUGCGGAACAGGAACUAGUCCUGCUUUUAUGCAAGAUUCUCAAGCGGUACAGACUAGAAUGGCAUCAUGGGAAGCUUCAUCAGCAUUUUCGUCUGCUGUGUAUUCCCGAUCAGGAAGUGAAGGUCAAGUUCAUCCCAAGAUAG